AUGGCCCCAAUAGACCCCGGUAGCCUUUCCAGCAACUGGAAGAUCUUGCAGCAGCGGCUGAAGUCUGCGACACCCGCUACACCUACAAAGCACAAGAAGUUCGACGACGAGAAGCAGUCCUCGCUGAAGCGCAAGAGACCUCAACACGGCGAUGGGAAGCACAGGGAUGAGUCUGCAAAAGCUGUAAACGGCUCAGUGAAAAAUACACCGCGCAAACCUCUACCUUCAAGAAAGCGACAAAAGAUGGAGGAGCACGUAUCUGUAGGUGCGUCGGUCAAGCAUCAUGACGCAAAGUCCCUCUCCAAGAGCAUCUCCAUGCCCAAUCUGAAGAAGACGCCGCUUCUGAGCAACCCGAAAGACGCUGCGGCUGCCGUCUCCAUCCUCGCACCCCAUCCUGACUUCCCCGACAUCGAGAACGAAGGCGUAUCAGAGGUAGCGCUUCCUGGAAAGUACGUCGCAUUGGAUUGCGAGAUGGUGGGUAUAGGCCCGGAGCCCAAUCGCGACUCGGCCCUCGCACGUGUGUCUUUGGUCAACUUUCACGGACACCAAAUCUACGAUUCCUACGUCCAGGUACCUCGUCAAGUCCAGGUUACCGACUACCGUACAGCCGUCUCUGGCAUCGAGCCCAGACAUCUCCGAAAAGACGUUGCGCGACCCUUUGACGAAGUACGAAACGACAUCAAGAUCCUCCUUACAGGUCGUAUACUCGUUGGUCAUGCGGUGAAGAACGAUCUCGAUGUGCUCAUUUUGAAACACGACAAGCGCUUCAUUCGCGAUACAUCCAAGUUCUCCAAGUUCAGAGCGCUGGCUACGAUUCCAGGGCGCACACCGGGUUUGAAGCUCUUGGCAGAGAAGCUGUUGGGAGUAGAGAUACAGGUUGGCGCGCAUAGCUCAGUAGAAGAUGCACGGGCUACUAUGGCGCUCUUCAGGCUUGAAAAGGACGAUUUCGAGAAGGAGAUACGGCAAAAGUACGGACACAUCCGCCUUGAAACUGUAGGACCUGAAGUGGAUGUUGGUGGCGGCGAGGAAGUCAAGAAGAAGAGCAGGAACCGGAAGAAGAAAAAGAAGAAGAACUAG